AUGGGUUUUGGUAAACGGUGGAUGAAGUGGAUAGAAGCGAUGGUGUUUAAGAGCAGUAUAUGCGUGCUUGUUAAUGGUAGUCCGACGAAAGAGUUUUUAGAGGAAAGAGGCUUAAGCCAGGGAGCUCCUUUAUCUCCAUUUCUUUUUGUUCUGGUUGCCGAAGGAUUAAGAGGGCUUGUAUCUAGAGCUUCCCAAGUUCAGGAUUUUAAAGGUUUAAAUGUGAAGGGGAAGUGUUAUGUGGAUAUUCUACAGUAUGCGGACGAUACUCUUUUGAUCGGGGAAGGAGGGUGGAAACAUGUUUGGUCUAUGAAAUUUGUCCUUAUAGGUUUCGAGCUAGUGUCGGGUUUGGGGGAUUUCGAUUGGAAUCAAUCCGAGGAGAAUUUCAUCGUGGCAGCCUCUGGUGGGAAGAUUGAAGUCGCGUUUGGCCUCUUGGAAAGGGAGAUUUCUCAGUUUUGGUGGCAGAAUUACUUUUUUCGAGUCGGUUCUCGAUUCGGCCGAAGGCUCACUUGGCCGAUUGUUUGUUCUAGAAUGCAUGAUCGGAUGAAGGAUAUACGGUCAGGGCUGGUUACGAUUCUAUGGCUGCUGCUAAUUCUCAGUCCGUUAUCGACGGAGGCCGCUUAA